AUGCAAAUGUUGCAACUUGUCUUGUGGUGUUUCUUUCCACUGCUAGUUGCGGCCAAGUUGGAAAAUGACACUCUACUAUGGGGGCCAUAUCGUCCGAACCUUUACUUUGGUCUUCGCCCUCGUAUUCCUCAAUCUCUGAUGACUGGUCUUAUGUGGUUUGGAACACAAGACUACCAAUCCAUUGGCAAAACGCGUCAUGCAUGUGACCAAGGAGAUGGAAUAACAAAUUAUACGUGGACCGAAUACGAUGCACGCGAGGGCGGCGUUCAAACCAUCAACGAUGGUCCCAAUAACGUCAAAAUAACCACAGAAUUCUUCAAGGUGGCUGGAGGCAACCACGGUGGCAGCUGGGCUGCAAGAAUUAAAGGAGAACCUAUAAACGAUGCAAGGCCCUCCCGCAUAUCAACCAUAUUUUAUUUUGGGAUGGAAGGACUCGGUGCUUUGGAUAUGGACACAGAGGAAGACGAGAACGGUCUGGAUGGAGAAGUCAAAUUAAGCGGCUCAACACCAGAGCUUGACGAAUUUACUAUUCGUAUCGUUGACGACCCCAGCAACUCUGCACCUGUGACUGGCAACUAUGCCUCCCAGUUCGAAAAAAGGAACGGUAAAACGCACUUCCUUGGUCAGCCUGUCCCCUCGGGAAAUAUAUGGCAAGCCAAAGAAGUCCUUCUUCAAAAUAUUAUCAAACGCGCUCAAGAUAUUCUGGCGCCGUUCAAGGAUGCUACGACUGGACCACCCGAUCCGUCCUUCGUCCUACAAUUCUCAAACGAGGCUUACACAGGUAGUAAUUUGUACGCUAUCCAGAAGAUUUUCGACGGCGAGUUUCAAUUCGAUGUCUUCUUUGAGAGUGCGAGUUCCAAACACCACCUCAGUGCUUCCACCAUCAAUGAGGGCAUUCCCGCUCUGACUUCCGCAUAUCACCGUCGCUUUCAAGACACGUUUCCUUUUCCUUCUGAUUACCAUGGUCCUAACCAAGACUCGAUGGAGAAGUUUUCAAAAGCUGUGACGUCCAACCUUAUGGCCGGCGUUGGCUAUUUCUAUGGCACCUCCAUCGUCAAUCGAAAAUUUUCCUAUGAAUGGGAUGAAGAGGAAAACGCAGAAUCCAACAACGACGAAGGUGCAAGUGGGGCCAAAUUGACCGAACCUCGUGCUCUGUUAACGGCCACACCGAGUCGAAGCUUCUUCCCACGCGGAUUUUAUUGGGACGAAGGCUUUCACCUCCUGCAUAUUGGGGCCUGGGAUAGUGAUUUUAGCUUAGAGAUACUGAGGCACUGGAUAGACCUAAUUGACUCGGAUGGCUGGGUUGCCCGCGAGCAAAUUCUCGGCGAAGAAGCGCGAAGCAAGGUCCCUGCUGAGUUCCAAACUCAAGUGCCAAAUUAUGCAAAUCCGCCUACUCUCACCAUGGCAGUGACCGCUUAUAUCGCUCGUGUGAAGAAGGCGGCUGCUUCCUCUGGGCCAUCAGUUCACGAUCUCGGAAUGGAGUUGGGGUCUCAAUUAGUCCUCAAAGACUCGUCGUCGUCUUAUCUUGAACCGGAAACGGCACUCUCAUUCCUUAAAUCGAUAUAUGGCCCAUUGAAGCGGCAUUAUAAUUGGUUCAGAUCAACACAACGGGGUCAAAUCAAGCAGUAUGGCCGGGUUGCACGUUCUCGGACUGAAGGUUACCGUUGGCGUGGCCGCUCGGAGCAGCAUGUCUUAACGAGUGGAAUGGACGAUUACCCUCGAGGCCCUCCUCAUCCCGGCGAACUUCACUUGGAUCUCAUAUCUUGGAUGGCAUUCUUCUCGCAAACUAUGAAAGACAUAGCAGAGUUUGUGGGGGAAAAUGACGACGCUGCUUCGUUUGCCGAAAUAGAGCAAGCAAUUCUCGGCAACGUUGACGAUUUGCACUGGAAUCAAGAGCGUCGAAUGUACUGUGAUCUCAAUGUGGAUUCCGAUGACGAAUCGUAUCAUGUUUGUCAUGCAGGGUACCUUUCUAUGUUUCCGCUUCUACUUGGCCUUUUACCCCCGACUGCUGAACAUCUUGGUCCGAUGCUUGAUAUGCUUCGUGACCCUGACCAGUUGUGGUCGCCAUACGGUUUGCGAAGUCUAUCUGCAUCCCAUCCAGAGUUUGGUCAGGGUGAGAAUUACUGGAAAGGGCCAAUAUGGAUCCAAAUGAAUUACCUCGCUCUGCGAUCUUUGUUCAAGGUAUACGCUAAGGAAGAAGGGCCAUACCGAGAACGAGCUCAGCAAAUAUACCACGAACUGCGAAAGAACAUCAUUAACAAUGUUUUUGAGGAAUACCAACGCACGGGCUAUGUUUGGGAGCAAUACGAUUCCACGACUGGCAAGGGCAUGCGAAGCCAUCCUUUCACCGGUUGGACCUCGCUUGUCACACUAAUUCUUGCGGAGACAUACUAG